AUGGCGUGGACGCAGCAAGGAGAAUACUGGAGCCGCCCGCUCGACUGCCACGACCGCCAGUUCCAGGUCAUUGCUGAAUUUGGCAAGCCGCAGGGCCGCGAGCAGGCGAUGCUGAUGGGAGUGGUCCAGCUGCAGACUCCAGACGAGGCGGACAUCGAUCUUGUCUCUCAGUUGCGCGCCGCCUGGAAAGCGCUCCGCCUAAAGCAUCCGGAUAUCGCCCUGGUGCUGGACAACGACGAGAAGCGGUACUAUCCCGUCCGUGACGAGCAGGACCUGGAGGGCUGGUGCGAUGCAACCUUUCGCGUCGAGAAAGUACCGUCAAGCGACGAGGUCCUCGGGGAGAUCAUGCCCAUGGCUGCACCCCAUGCGACCUGCCACUGGGUCCCCGCCAGCAACCAACUGUGCCUGGUCUCCUCGCACUGGCGCUGGGACUGCCGGGGAAUCAUCAAGCUUCUGCACUGUCUGCUCUCUGAGCUGGCGAGUCCAACGCCUCUGCCGGCAACGUUCGACGGCGACGAAGCCCGCCACCUCGUCCCUAGCCUGGACGUUGUCCUCGGGAUGCCCGACACCCUAGAGCCAGCCUGGGAAGCCCGUGCCGACGAACUCAUCGCCUCAGCCAUGUCGGAGGAGAACCAGGUUACGAUCGGCCUCCCAAUCUCACCAGGCCGCGCGACAUCGUUACCAGGCAAUACGCGCCGAGUUGGAAUCCGCAUCGCUGCCGAGCAGGCUCUCGCACUGCGCCAAUCAUGCCGGAAGCACGGCGUUACCUUAACAACAGCAGUCCACGCAUCGAUCAUCGCCGAGACCGCGCGUGUCUGUACGACCGACGCCUCAAAGUACGUUGCCCCGGCUCUUUUCGAUCUGCGCAGGUACUGCCCGCCUCCAUCCGACGGUCCGACCCAUGCCGCGUCCUUGCGAAUGCUGGCACUACCACUUACCGUCAACGCCCACGCCUCUUGGUCUGAGCUAGCACACGCCAUCCAACCCAUCUACCGCCAAUCCUUCGACCCAGAGAAAAGCAACAUGUUAUUCGUGCGAGUACCGUACGUCAACAAAGUCACAGCCCUACUCCAGGGUCUGAAAGACAUGGACAUACACCCGGCGCAAGACUCCGAGCCGCAUCUCAGCUCCCUUGGUGUAAUUGACGGGCAAAUCGAGAGAGCGUAUGGGGACGUCGAGGUGCGGGAUGUCAGCUUCAUGAUCCAGAUGCUGACGGGGCAGGUGCUGGUUUAUUUCUGGAGUUGGGGGGGUGAGAUGCGCUUGGCUGCGAGUUAUAACGAGGCGUAUUACAGCAGAGACCAGGUGGACCGGUGGUUGGAGGCUGUGAGGGAGAAUUUGGUGGAGAACUUGCUGGGGAGAGCCGAUUGA